AUGAUUAUAUUGCAUGAGUACCCCAUUAGCAUGGUUGAUUACUAUGGCUUCAGGAAGUACUCUAAGACUUUACAACCUGGUUUUAAAGUACCGUGUCGUACCACUACUAGGAAGGAUAUAAUGAAGAGAUAUGAGGAUGAGAAGGACAAUAUUCUAGCUUUGUUGAGGAAAGUCAAAAGUCGAAUUUCAUUAACUACGGACAUGUGGAUUGCAAGUAAUCAAAGGAAAGGCUAUAUGGCAGUCACUUCACAUUUCAUUGAUAAUGCGUGGAAGUUGCAAAGUCGAAUCAUAAGGUUUCUUUAUGUCCCUGCCCCACAUAAUGUCGAGGUUCUUGCCGAUGCAUUAAAACAAUGCAUUCAAUCAUGGAACUUGGAUUUGAGAUUGGCAUCUAUCACAGUAGAUAAUUGUACGACUAAUGAUGCUAUGAUGGACAUCAUAAAGGACUAUUUCCCAUAUGGUUCUCUACUUUUGGAUGGUGAGUUCUUACAUAUGCAUUGCUGUGCACAUAUACUUAAUCUAAUUGUUCAAGAUGGAUUAAAUGCUGUAGUGUAUGAUGGAGUUAAUCGAAUAAGGGAAAAUGUUGGGUUCUGGACUGGUUCUGAUAAGAGAGUGCAAAAGUUUGAAGGUGUAUCUAAUCAAUUAGCCUCCGGUUACAAAAGGAAAUUAACCCUUGAUUGUAAAAUUCGUUGGAAUUCAACAUAUGAAAUGCUUUGUGUUGCUAUUAGUUAUAAGGAAGUGUUUGCUGUUUUAAGUGGUCGAGAUAAACUAUACAAAAACCCACCAACUCCUGAAGAUUGGGAAAAAGUUGGGAAAAUAUGUGAGUUAUUGGAAGUGUUUGCUAAACUUACCCUUGAUUUCUCUGCCUCAAAAACUCCUACGGCUAAUAUUUACUUUUCUAAAAUUUGCAAACUUAAAAUUACUCUAUCUACUUGGCUUUCAUCUCCAUAUGAUUAUGUUGUGAAGAUGGAGGAAGUAAUGUUAGAGAAAUAUAAGAAAUAUUGGGAUAGUAUGAAUGGUUUGAUGGGAGUUGCAACUAUACUUGAUCCUAGGUAUAAAAUGGCUCUUAUUCGAUUUUAUUUUGCAAAGUUAUUUGAUAAAUAUAAGUAUGAUAGAGAGGUUAGUAGAAUUAGCAAUCUAUUAAGGAGAUUAGUGAUGAUUAUGAGUCUAGGAGUGAGAGUACUCAAAGUAAGAGGCAACUACCUUCCAAUUUAGCAAGUAGUGGGAGUUCUUGUGAUGAUGUUGAUAUGGAAGAGUUUGCACAAUUUCUAGAGCGAGACAAAAAUCAAACUUAUGAAAAAUCUGAUUUGGACAAGUAUUUGAAAAAUGCUAACAUACCACUUGAAGAUAAUUUUGGUAUUCUAAAUUGGUGGAAAACAAAUGGAAGCACAUAUCCCGUUCUUCAACAAGUAGCACGGGAUAUUUUGAGUAUUCCUAUUUCUACGGUUCUAUCCGAAUCAGCUUUUAGCACAAGUGGUAGAGUUCUUGAUCCUUAUCGUAGUCGACUACUAACUCAAGUCGUUGAAGCUUUAAUGUGUUCUCAAAAUUGUAUUUGGGCUGCCCUCAAAAGUAAGCAUUAAUCCUAUCAAUAUUGUGUAAUUUUUAUGCAUUGAUAAAUUUUGGUUAUAAAAACAUUUGUAUUUGCAGAUUGUGGAGAAUUUAAGGACAAAGAUUUUGCUAAAAUUGUUGGAGAGUUGGAAGAAGAAUGCGAAAUGAAAUUUGAUAGUGAUGAGAUUAAUCUGGAUUGAUUUACUUUAGAUGAUUUUGAGUUGAUGUUGAAACUUAAAAUACUUUUGUAUUAGACAUGUAUAUUUGUUUGAGACUUUGAUUAUGUGUUUGUUUGAGACUUCGGAUAUAUGUUUGUUUGAAUUGAGACUUUGGAUAUGUGUUUUUGUUUGAGACUUUGGAGUUUGGAUAUGUUUUAUGGGUUUUAAGGCCCAAAUAAUUGAAUAUAAAUAUGCGACACAGAUGGGUAUUAAGCGGGGAUUUGACGGGUGGUGGGGCGGGUAAAAUGGGUAUUAGACGGGGAUGGAUACCCAGAUGGGUGGGGGGGGCGGGGAUGGUAUUAGGUACAAACCCAUCGGGGCGGGGAUGGGGAAAAAAUUUAUACCCGCCGCGGGGAUGGGGAUGGGGAUGGGAAUUGAUUUACCAGAUGGGGAUGGGGAUGGUAACGCCAAUACCCGCCCCGCCCCGUCCCGUUUGCAUCCCUACUUGGCUUACCUAUUUCAAGUACACAAACUCUUGUAUGAGACGGUCUUACCGUAAGAAAAGUAGCUCUUUUAGAUAUUAAGAAAAGCGCAUC